AUGCUUAGCUCUGUUCAACUGCGUCUAUGGGGACCUGGUGCUGCCGGCCUCCCAAGCUGGCCUGCGAUCAUAGCCGUCGUCAUCGUCGUUUACAUCUCCAUUUGUUCUUUUCUACGCUUCCGACAACUAUCAAAGAUACGAUCACGUCAUAAAUUUCCUGAUCGUGCAGCAUGCAGUCGCAUGACGGGCACAGAUGCCCAAGCAAUAAUCGAAAGCGCCUAUACUUAUGAGUUUCCUUUAUUCUUCGGCUUGUCCUUGACUUACGCCCUAUUUAAGACAUUUGCCAUUGAAGAUAUUGCGAAGCUACUCAACUCGUCAAGUGAUCUUGGCAAAGUUCGCAACACGUCGAAACGAUUUGAAGACACUGGCAUUCUAUUUGCAUGUUUCAUGCUGUUUCCCCCAACUUCACCUCAGCUCCAAGAGGCCGUCGCACGAAUGAACUUUUUGCACUCGCCAUACAUAAAGUCCGGAAAGAUACAGAAUCAAGAUUUACUAUACGUCCUUUACACAUCUAUGGUGGAGCCAGUGCGAUUCAUACGACUUUACGAGUGGCGACACCUUACAGAGAUGGAGAUCGCUGCCCAGGGAACACUCUGGAAACACAUUGGCGACAUGAUGGGUAUUGACUACAUGGAGCAACUAGGCCGAAACACUUGGAUGGAUGGGAUAGAGUUUAUGGAAGAUGUUGAACAGUGGGCUAGGGGAUACGAAAAGAAUCGCCUCCAGCCCUCUCCGUCAAGUCAGCGCCUUGCUCAAGUGCAACUGGACAUGGUACUGUCGAUAUUUCCAACAGUCAUGCAGCCUCUUAUGUGUCAAAUGGGCCUGGCUAUUAUGGGAGAAAGAAUGCGCCAUGCUUUCAGUCUACCAGAACCGGGAUUGGGCGUUUCAGCGCUUACUUUCACACUAAUGUGGUUGCGAUGGGUAUUGAUUCGUUUCCUUCUUCCUCCGCGCUUAUUCGCUCUUAGAUAUGUUUCUAAGCCUGAUACCAAGACUGGCCUGAUGCACAGCACGCACUACAUCAAGGAGCCAUGGUAUAAUGAACCAACGUUUUGGGCCAGAUGGGGACCAAUGUCCUGGAUUACAAGGGCAGUGGGCGGCAUGUUGCCCGGCGAUGGUGGUGCUGAGAUGAAGCCAGAUGGUUUUGUGUUUGAAGAUAUUGGUCCUCCGAACAGGAUGGGAAAGGGCGUGAAUGAAGGCAAACAGAUGGCUGCUGCGGUUCGAGAAGCGGCUGCUGUGAAUGGUGGCUGUCCAUUCACCAUGUAA